AUGGCAGCCCGAAUAGCUCUCAAGAGGGCGCUCCCCUCUACCAGGAGCGCAUUUACACAUUCCCCCCAACAACCACCACGAUUUAUCACACGACCUUUCUCGGCAUCACUCCCAUCUCUUGCUCCGAAUCCGAAUCCGUCUACUUCAGCAUCAUCGUCACCUUCCUCAUCCUCAACGUCGUCCUCUUCGGCCCCCGACUAUGCAAUUCCCGACCCUACUCGCCCAACACAUUUCGGCUAUGAAACGGUAACAGAAGGCGAGAAGAGGGAGCGCGUGGCUGGUGUCUUUACCAGUGUGGCCGAAUCAUACGACCGCAUGAACGAUCUCAUGUCUUUUGGCUGGCAUCGUGUGUGGAAAGACCACUUCGUCGCCUCUCUCAACCCGGGCUUCUCCCCCCUCACCCCCGGCCCCGACCCCCGCGGACCGCAACACAUCCUCGACAUCGCCGGCGGCACAGGCGACAUCGCCUUCCGCAUGCUCCACACCGCCCAUGUCGUCAACGCCAACCCUGCCGUACGCGUAACCAUCUCCGACAUCAACCGCGCCAUGCUCACCGUCGGCAAACAACGCUCCACCACCCUCCCCGCCUCCCAACAAGCAUCCCUCUCCUUCGUCGAAGCCAACGCCGAGAACCUCUCCCAAACCCGCCCCCUUCACCCUUACCCCUCCCCAAUCGAACCCACCACCCACGACGCCCACGGUAACACAGAGCAGGCCUUCUUCGACCCGGCCACCUCGACGGCAUCGAUCCCUUCGGCUUCCGUCGACCUCUACACCGUGGCCUUUGGCAUCCGCAACUUCAGUAACAUCCCCGCGGCGCUGCGCGAAGCGUACCGCGUGCUGAAGCCGGGGGGUGUGUUCGCCUGUCUGGAGUUUAGCAAGGCCGAUGCGCACCCGGUGUUCAACGCGUUGUAUAAGGAGUGGUCGUUCCGCGCGAUUCCGCUCAUUGGUCAGCUGGUGGCGGCGGAUCGAGAUAGUUAUCAGUAUUUGGUGGAGAGCAUUGAGCGGUUUCCGAGUCAGGCGGAGUUUCGGGAUAUGAUUGUGGAUGCAGGGUUUGUGGUGGCGGGCGAUGGGUGGGAGGAUUUGACCGGGGGGGUGGCGGCGAUUCAUAAGGGGAUGAAGCCGAGAGCGUGA